AUGUUGUUUUGGGUUUUAAAAAAGUUAGGGUUUCGGAUUUAUGGUCAGGUUCGUGUCUGGUUAUUUAGGUGGAUUAAGAGGGAAAGGUCGGAUCAGAUUUCGGAAUCCCUGAUGAUAAGUAGAAUCAAAAAUUCUCUCCCUUUUUUGAAGGGCAUAGAAGAAUACGAUCGUCGCAAUGAAGAAAUAGAUCCUGUAGCUAGUUGUGCAGAAUAUGAAUUGGAACGUCGACUAGAGCGUAUGGAGCUGUUUGAUGUUGAACUUGAAAAAGGCCCUGAAGGUUUAGGAAUUAAUAUAAUAGGUAUGGGCGUUGGUGCAGAUGCUGGAUUAGAAAAACUUGGAAUUUUUGUAAAAAGUAUAACCACUGGAGGUGCUGUCCAUCGUGACGGGCGUAUUAGAGUUUGUGACCAAAUAGUUUGUGUUGACGGUAUUUCGCUUGUUGGCGUUUCACAAUUAUUUGCUGCACAAAAUCUUCGUUCAACAGGUCCUAGGGUUCAAUUCACAAUUGGACGUGAACAUAAUUUAGAAGGAAGUGAAGUAGCUCAAUUAAUAAAUCAAAGUUUAGAGCAAGAAAGGCUUGGGGAAAAACAUAAACAUCAAAUAAAAAAAUUGUGGGAUAGAGUUGAAAAUAGUUGUAAUGAAGAGGAUGAAGAAGAAGAAGAAAAUGAAGGACAGCAAAAAGACAAGAUUGUCAAUUCUCUAUCAACUUCGCAAUCAAAUCAACAACAACAAAAACAACAGCAAACAUCCAUUCACUCUUCAAAACAACAAUCAAAUAAUCAACAAGAAAUAAAUUCAAGAAUAAAAUUAUUAGAAAUUGAAUUGGAACAAUCAAAAAGAAAAGCUGAAGAAAUGAAUUCUUUAUUAGAAAAUACAAGACAACAUUAUUCACAAUUAGAAGGAAGAUAUAAUCAAGCUAGAGAUAUUGUCAAAUCAUUUCAAGAAAGAGAAAGAGAAAUGCUUAAACGUGAAGAAACACAUAUUGAACUAAUGCGUACAAAAGAAAAGGAAUAUUCUGAACUUAUAUUAAAUUUACGUUCACGUAUUGAAGAAUUGGAAAAAAGGAUAGAAUUAGCUAUAGCUGAAAGGAAGGAGGAUAAUAAUAAUGAAAAGGAAAGGGAAAAACAACAACAAUUCAUUCCACAACAACAACAACAAGAAAAUGAACCUCCACCAGCACCACCAGCUCAUAGAGGUAACCACCACCACACAAAUCAAACUCAACAACAAAGAAGAAAUGAAUUAAUGCUUCCUCAACCACGCCAACAACAACGUGAAGGGGAAUUACAACAGCACCAACAACAACAGCACCAGCGUCAAUUCCGACCUGUGGGACUUCGACAUGCUGGACUUACUUCCAAUUCAGUCCCUUUAUCAGCCGCUCCAAUUAUUUCUGGGACAACACAUCCACCACAUUACCUUAUUCAUUUUGGAGGACGUCCUCUUCCUUCCCCUGGGCAUCCUCUAUCACCUGCUAUUGAGGAAAUGGCUUCUGCACCAUAUGAAAACAGAAAUCAACAUUCCGGUCCUUCUCUAGGCAGCCCCGUUCCAAGAAUUUCAGAGCCAGCCUCCCCUGCACUCCCACAGAAAUGGGCAAAACAUAAUAUUGGACAUGGGACAACAAUUCAACAAAGUAAUAGUACAGGCCCACGCCUCGGUCUUUUCCCUUUGCGACGACGUUGUUUUGCUCCAGCAGAAAAUGAAUUUUGGCGUGAAAAUCAAGAAGCACAAGGAAUGGCUGUAUUAAAUUGGGGUGUUGAUGAUAUAUGUCAAUUAUUAAUUCAUUUGGGAUUGGAAAAGUAUAUACCAGAAUUUACAGUCAACAAAGUUACAGGACCCAAAUUUCUCGAUUUGGACGGCUCCAAAUUAAAAGCAAUGGGUCUAUUUAAUCAUUCAGAACGUGCAGUUAUCAAAAAACGUAUAAAAGCCAUAAAGCAGCGAAUAGAACGCGAACGCAAAACUUUGGAAAAAGAAGCAAAAGCGCGAAAUGCUGUUAAAAUUGUUUCUGUUCAAAAUUGA